UCAACUCAUUUAUAAAUAUUUUUUAUUUGAUAUAUUUAUUAAUAGAGUAAAUUUUUAUCGUAUUUUGAACUUUUAUCAAAUAUGAGUAAUCAGAAAUAUUAUAGAAAGUCUGAUUUUAUAAGAUCUUAUGAUCCACCAGGAGAAUUAUCACAAAAUGAUAAAAGACAUGAUAAUGAUUUUAUAAAGAUUUCUGACAUAUCUAUUAUUCCUACAAUAAAAGAAAUGUUAUGUGAUCGUCCGCCCUUUUUACCUUCUUCACUUCCUGAUACUCCACAUUUUUUACCUGAUGGAGCCGCUAAAUUACUUGAUACACAAUUUCGUCUUUUAAGAGAAGAUAUGUUAAAUCCAAUACGUGGUGGUUUAUCAAAUUUCUUGAAUGACUUAUCACAAAAUUGGUCUAAAGAAUUAAAAAAAAUGCAAGAUGAAGGUGGUAGAUAUACAGGAAAUGAUAAUAGUGAUUUAUAUGUAUAUCCUUAUAUACAAUUCGUUAAUAUUAUUUGUGAUAGAAAAAAAGGUUUUGCUUGUACUUUAAGAUUUACUCCUCCAAAAAUUCGUGAUGCAAAAGAUGAAUUUGAAAGAAGAGAAUAUUGGGAAAAAUGUAAAAGAUUAUUAACUGGUAAUUUAGUUAUACUUUUAUUACCAUCUAGAAGAGCUCAAUUAAAUAAUUUUACAAAUAGUGAAGGUUUAUAUUCAAUUUAUUUUGGUAUAGUUGCAUCAAGAGAUGAAAAAAUUUUAGCUAAAUAUGAUGAUCAUGCUGAAAUUGAUAUUAGUUUUAUUGAUUCAUCAAUUUAUUCUAUAGCAUUAAAUGAAAUUUCGAAUUAUGAUAGGAUAAUAAGAAAUUCUUUGGAAAAAAGAUUUUUAAUAGAAUCGACAAGUAUUUAUACAGAAGCAUAUUAUCAUAUUCUUAAAACUCUUCAAACAAUGAAACCUUAUUCUUUACCUUUUGAUAAAUAUUUGGCUCCUAAUCUUAAUGGAGAAUGUAAUAUUGAUAUUAAAGUUGAAACUCCAAUGUAUACUAGAGCUUCAGGAUUUCAAUUUGAUUUAUCAGUUUUAUGUAAAUAUGAAAAAAUUAUAAAAUUAAGUGUUUCCGAUACAUAUACUUAUGAUAAAGUAGCAAAGAAAAUUACUGAAAAUAGUGUCAUUGGUAAAUUACCAGAUGGAACUUCAUAUGGAUUGGACGAAACUCAAGCCAAGGCGUUAAUAUAUGCUUUAACACGUGAAAUCGCAUUGAUUGAAGGACCACCUGGUACUGGUAAAACUGUAGUUGGUGUUCAAAUAAUGAAAGUAUUAUUGGCGAAAGGAAAUCGAGGAUCAAAUAUUGGUCCUAUUCUUACCAUCUGUUUUACUAAUCACGCUCUCGAUCAAUUCUUAGAGCACCUACUUGAUGAAGGUAUAACAGAUAUAGUGAGAUUAGGUACUCGAACGAAAUCUGAGAGAAUCAAACAAUUUAGUUUAGAAGAAGUUAGUAAAGAAUAUUCUUAUAAUAAAAAAUCAAUAUGGAUGUCACAUACGAGAUUAAAUCAAAUAGAAGAAGAAGCCAAUGAAAUAAAAAAUAUUUUACUUAAAAAAUGGGUAUCAUGGGAUGAUAUACGAGAAUAUUUGAUGAUUGAAGAAAGAAGAUUUUAUUAUAAAUUUAAUGAUAUAUAUAAUAGUAAUUUACCUAAUUGGGUUUCGGAAGCUAUUAAUAAUGCUGAUGAAAUUGAAGAAUCAUCAUCUCCGAAUAAAUUUAAAAUUGUUCGAAAUAAACGAUAUAAAAAUUCAUCUAUAUUCGAACAAUGGUUAAAUGGUGAGGACAUUAGAUUAAUUAAUAAGAGAAAAGAAAUCUUAUUAAAACAACAAAAAGAGGAUGAGAAGAAGAGUAAGAAAAAGGAUCAGCGUAAGAAAAACAAAAAAUGGAUAAGUUUUAGUGAAUUUGAAGAAUUAGAGAAAAAAUCAAAAAGUAACGAAGAGAAUUCAAAUGAUGAUAAAUCACAAAUUAAUUAUGAAGAAAUACAAUGGAUCAAAAAUUAUAAUGAACCAAAAACUAAUCGUCUUUUAGAUUCAUUAAUAAAUGAUUAUUCAAUUUGGGAAAUGUCAAAAGUAGAAAGACAAAGACUUCAUGAUCAUUGGCGUACAAAAAUUAAUAAAAAAUUUGUGGAUAAAUUAUUAGAUUUAGAAAAAAAGUAUGAAGAAGAACGUCAAGUAAUUAAUAAUCUUUAUGAGGAAGGAAAUCGACAAAUAUUAUUAAGUAAGGAUGUUAUUGGUAUGACCACAAAUGGUGCAGCUAAAUUUCAAGAACUAAUUCGAUCUAUUAACCCUAAAAUUAUUGUCUGUGAAGAAGCCGGUGAAGUUUUAGAAGCUCAUAUUCUUAGUGCAUUAACUCCGUCAACCCAACAUUUAAUAUUGAUUGGAGACCAUAAUCAACUUAGACCUCAUAUCGCAACUUAUUCUCUUAGUAUGGAUUCUUCAUCGGGAAAGAUUUAUCAAUUGGAUAAAUCAUUAUUUGAAAGAUUAGUUUAUGGUGAUAAAGCAGUUAAAAUCGAAAAAUCUCAACUUUUAACUCAAAGACGUAUGAGAAAGAAAGAGAUUUCUGACUUAAUUAGAUAUACACUUUAUCCAAAGUUAAUUGAUGGUGAAAAUACCGCUAGAUAUCCAAAUGUACGUGGAGCUCAACGCAACGUAUAUUUUAUUGAUCAUAGUAAUCCGGAAGAUAAUACUGGUGGGGAUUUAGCAAUGAAAUCUCAUGUGAAUAGUUAUGAGGUUAAAAUGGUAGUUGAAAUGGUAAAAUAUUUCGUUAGGAAUGGAUAUACUAAACCUGAAGAUAUAGCCGUACUUACUCCUUAUUUAGGACAAAUGAUUAAAAUUAGGAAUGCCUUAUCCAAUUCGUUUGUGGUUGUUAUUGACGAAAGAGAUGCACAAGAAAUUGCUGAGAUGGAGAAAAAACGAGAUAGUAAAAAUAAAGAUAAUUUGAAAGAAAAAGAUAAUAUUGAUGGUGAUCAAGGUGCUACUUCAAAAUCACUAAAACAACAGGUUACUUUAAGAACUGUAGAUAAUUUUCAAGGUGAAGAAGCAAACAUAGUCAUUAUUUCAUUAGUUCGUAAUUCCUCUAAAUCUGAUGGAUAUGAUUCUAUCGGAUUUCUCAAAAGCUCAAAUAGAAGUAAUGUGCUAUUGUCACGUGCUCGUGAAGGAAUGUAUCUUAUUGGCAAUUCUGAAUUAAUGGCAAAGAGAUCUAAAGAUAUGUGGGCUCCUGUAAUUAAUAUUUUACGGGAACGUGAACAAGUUGGAUUUGGUAUGCCAAUUGUAUGUAAUCAACAUCCUGAUUAUAAGAAUAUCAUUGAUAAACCUGAACAAUUUGCGCAAGUUAGUCCAGAUGGUGGAUGCCGUAGACCAUGUUAUACACCACUUCCUUGUGGACAUGCAUGUAUUUAUAGUUGUCAUUUUGAUGAUCCUGAUCAUAUUGGAAUUGAUUGUCCUGAACCAUGUCCGAAAAUUCAUCCAGAAUGCAAUCAUAAAUGUUUAAAGCUUUGUUAUCAAGAUUGUGGAAGAUGUAAACUUCGUAUUGGAGAUAUUACACUACCUGGUUGUGGUCACGUAAUUCAAAAUGCUAAAUGUUGGCAAAAACAAGCUAUAGAGACACUCGAAUGUAUGGAAUUGGUUAUAAAAAAAUCACCAUAUUGCGAACACUUUCAAGAGAUACAUUGUUUUGAGCCUGUUAGUGACAUUAAAUGUAAAGAGAAAUGUGACAAACAAUUAGAAUGUGGUCAUAAAUGUCUAAGGGAAUGUUUUGAAUGCCAAAAACUUUCUGCUUCACAGGAAGAAUUUGAUGCAGCUGCUCUUAUUGAACGAACACAACAUGGAGAAUGUAUAAAUUUUUGUAAUAGAUCGUUAAGCUGCAAACAUAAAUGUACAAAUUUCUGUCAUAAAGGAUUUAAAUGUCCAUCGUGUGUGAUGUGUGCUCAAAUAUAAGUUAUAUAUAUAAAAUUUCGAUUUAAAUUAUAAUAAAUAUAUAAUUAUAUAUAUAUAUUAUUCAUCUAUUUUCGUAUAUGUGUUAUUGUCUCUUUACACCCUCGGUAUGACCUACAAAAUUUACAAAAUUUUUAGUUACUAUCACCUCAUACCAUUUGAGGUUUACCACCCUGUAAUUAUGCCUAAGCACCCAGGACACCUAUGUAGGAUCUUUGGUAAAUUGUCUCAUAUAGUAUUAAAUAACAACAACUAAGUAAGUGCAUAACAUAGAAAUAUGUGUCACUUCCACGGGCCUCCCAUAUGAAUCAGCUUGUAGGAUCCAUCCGGCGAACUAUUU